AUGUCGAAGCUUUUUAUCGGUGGCCUGGCAUGGCACACCGAGGAGGGCACUCUGCGCCAGAAGUUUGAGGAGUUUGGCCCCGUCGAGGAAGCUGUCGUUGUCAAGGAUCGCGACACUGGUCGCAGCCGUGGCUUUGGAUUUGUGCGAUUCACUCAGGAUGAGGAUGCUCAGAAGGCGAUCGCCGCCAUGAACAACAUCGAGUUCGACGGCCGAACGAUUCGCGUUGAUAAGGCGUCUGACAAUGGUCCCCGAGGCGGAUUCGGUGGUGGCCGCGGAGGCGGUGGUGGCUAUGGUGGCGGCCGAGGAGGGUACAACAACGCGCCCAUGCAAUACGGUGCUCCCUCUGGUCCCGGCUACCAGGUCCCUGCUCCCAACAUGUACGCUCCCCAGUACGGCCGCGGUUACCCCCCUCAGCAGCCCGGAUACGGAGCCCCUCCUCAAGGGUACGCUGCGCCCCAGCAGUACGGCGGAUACUCGGACCCUUCCCAGCAACCGCCUGCGCCUCAGCAGCACCAGCCCCCCCAGGGCGGUCGAGGAUACUAG